GCUCAGUUCAAAGUGAACAGCUUAAGUGUGCAGUUUUUCAGCACAGAUCCGAAGUGCAAUUGCAGUUCUAAAUAAAAAUUUUAAUUAUUUCAACGUAUAAAAAUAAUUGCAUUCUUGAAACUAUGGAGCGCUGGUUAAAAUCUGUUGCCGUAGUCACUGGUGCCAGUUCUGGAAUAGGUGCUGCCAUUGCUAAAGACUUGGCAAAUGCAGGAUUAAUUGUUGUUGCCUUGGCUCGUCGCAUUGAACGUGUAGAGGAAAUACGUGCCGAAUUAUCACCAAAAGUGCAACCGAAUUUUUAUGCUAUCAAGUGCGAUGUUACAGAUCGUAACGCUGUCAAUGAAACUUUUGAUUGGAUUGAAGAGAAUUUAGGUGGGAUUGAUAUAUUGAUAAAUAAUGCUGGCACACUUUUCACUGGUCAAAUUGUGACUGCUGAUAUCGAUAAAAUGCAGAAUGUCCUGCAAACCAAUAUAAUGGGUGUUGUUUUAUGUACUCAACGUGCUUUUAAAUCGAUGAAAGCUCGCAAAGUUGAUGGGCAUAUUGUUAAUAUUAAUAGCAUCACUGGGCAUUAUAUACCCAGUCUAGCAGAACCGCUUAUGAUGAACAUUUAUCCAGCAUCAAAGUACGCCAUAACAGCAAUCAAUGAAAUCGUGCGUCAAGAAGUUCGUGAUUUGGGUACAAGAAUAAAAAUUACUAGCAUCAGUCCCGGUUUGGUUGAUACUGAAAUAUUGCCAUCAUCUCUAAAAAACCUGACCAUGCUAAGAUCAGAGGACAUAUCAAAUGCGGUUCUGUUUGCCUUAUCAACACCACCACAUGUGCAGAUACACGAGUUGACCAUCAAGCCUGUCGGUGAACUCUUCUAAGAUUUGUGCUAUUUAAUAAAUAAUUGAUUUAUAUCUUUUGCACUAUUUAUUAGAAACAAAGUUUGUUAUAAACCACAACGUAUACAUUUUCGGUAGUAUAGUAUGUUGAACUUUAUAUUAGUUUCUCAAUGUUGUUAAUAAAUGCAAUGAAACAAUAAAA